GCGCAGCGAGCGAGCUUCUGCGCCGCCCGCACGCGCGACCUACCUGGGCGCCCCGCGCCCCCAGAUGCUGCAGGUUAUUCAACGAUAGUUAUGACCUCCCGGUUACGUGCGUUCGGUGGAAGAAUUAAUAACAUACGCACCUCAGAAUUACCCAAAGAGAAAACUCGAUCCGAAGUCAUCUGCAGUGUCUGCUUUCUAGAUGGCUUGGUACAGACCUUUAAAGUUAAUAAACAAGAUACUGGUCAAGUUCUCCUGGAUAUGGCUUACAGCUACUUGGGCGUGACCGAAAAGGAGUAUUUUGGUUUGCAGCACAGUGAUGACUCAGUGGACUCUCCUAGAUGGCUUGAAGCAAGCAAACCCAUCAGGAAGCAGUUAAAAGGAGGUAUCCCCUGUACCCUGCAUUUUCGAGUAAGAUUUUUUAUACCUGAUCCCAACACACUGCAGCAAGAACAAACCAGGCAUUUGUAUUUCUUACAACUGAAGAUGGAUAUUUGUGAAGGAAGGUUAACCUGCCCUCUUAACUCAGCGGUGGUUCUAGCAUCCUAUGCAGUACAGUCUCAUUUUGGAGACCGUGAUUCUUCCAUUCAUCCUCCGGGCUAUCUUUCUGAUAGUCAGUUCAUACCGGAUCAGAAUGAGGACUUUUUAGCAAAGGUGGAGGCGCUCCAUGAGCAGCACAGUGGGCUAAAACAAUCAGAAGCGGAAUCUUGCUUUAUCAACAUAGCACGGACCCUCGACUUCUAUGGAGUGGAGCUGCACAGUGGUAGGGAUCUGCACAAUUUAGAUCUAAUGAUUGGAAUUGCUUCCGUGGGCAUCGCUGUGUACCGAAAAUAUAUUUGCACAAGUUUCUAUCCUUGGGUGAACAUUCUAAAAAUUUCUUUCAAAAGGAAAAAAUUCUUUAUACAUCAGCGACGAAAACAGACUGAAUCCAGGGAACACAUAGUGGCCUUCAACAUGUUAAAUUACCGAUCUUGCAAAAACUUAUGGAAAUCCUGUGUCGAGCACCAUACAUUCUUUCAGGCAAAGAAGCUACUACCUCAGGAAAAGAAUGUUCUGUCUCAGUACUGGACUCUGGGCUCUAGGAACCCCAAAAAGUCUGUAAAUAACCAGUAUUGCAAAAAAGUGAUUGGAGGGAUGGUCUGGAACCCGGCCAUGCAGAGAUCUUUAUCAGUGGAACAAUUAGAAACCAAGAGUCUACCAUCUCGGUCUCCACCUAUUACUCCCAACUGGCGAAGUCCUCGACUCCGGCACGAAAUCCGAAAGCCACGACACUCUUCCGCAGACAACCUUGUGAACGAAAUGACAUACAUCACUGAAACUGAAGAUGUGUUUUACACCUACAAGGGCUCCCUGUCCCCUAAAGACAGCGAUUCUGAGAUUUCUCAGAACCGAAGCCCACACCGAGAAGAAAUGAACUCUGUCCUGGCUUUUGUUUCCGAUGACUACCGCAUUUACAGUUCUGAAGCAUCGGCUUCUGAGGGCGAGCACCUGUUUGUCUGCCGGAGUAUAUCCGAGAACAACCCAGCACAAAGCUGCCUGACCCAGAAGUCAUCCAGUUCUGUGUCUCCAUCUUCAAAUGCUCCAGGCUCCUGUUCCCCAGAUGGCGUCGAUCAGCAGUUCUUAGAGGACUUCCACAGGGUGACCAAAGGGAGCUCCAGCGAGGACUCUAGCCAGUACUACUGUGACAAGAAUGAUGGUGACGGCUACUUAGUCUUGAUCCGCAUCACACCAGAUGAAGAUGGAAAAUUUGGAUUUAAUCUAAAGGGAGGAGUGGAUCAAAAGAUGCCUCUUGUGGUAUCAAGGAUAAACCCAGAGUCACCUGCGGACACCUGCAUUCCUAAGCUGAACGAAGGGGAUCAAAUCGUGCUAAUCAACGGCCGGGACAUCUCAGAACACACCCAUGACCAAGUGGUGAUGUUCAUCAAAGCCAGCCGGGAGUCGCACACACGGGAGCUGGCCCUGGUGAUCAGGAGGAAAGCUGUCCACUCGUUUGCUGAUAUCAAAUCUGAAGAUGAACUGAACCAGCUUUUCCCAGAAGCCAUUUUCCCCGUGUGUCCGGAGGGUGGGGACACGCUGGAGGGAUCCAUGGAACAGCUAAAGAAGGGCCUCGAAAGUGGGACGGUGCUGAUCCAGUUUGAGCAACUCUACAGAAAGAAGCCCGGUUUGGCCAUCACAUUUGCAAAGCUGCCUCAAAAUUUGGACAAAAACCGAUAUAAAGAUGUACUGCCUUAUGACACCACCCGGGUAUUAUUGCAGAGGAACGAAGAUUAUAUUAAUGCGAGUUACGUGAACAUGGAAAUUCCUGCUGCUAACCUCGUGAACAAGUACAUUGCCGCUCAGGGACCCCUGCCACAUACCUGUGCACAAUUUUGGCAGGUAGUCUGGGAUCAGAAGUUGUCACUCAUCGUCAUGUUGACGACUCUCACAGAGCGAGGGCGGACCAAAUGCCACCAGUACUGGCCCUAUCCUCCCGAAGUCAUGGAACACGGCAGCUUUCACAUCCGCUGUCAGUCAGAGGACUGCACCAUCGCUUAUGUGUUCCGGGAAAUGCUGGUCACGAACACCGAGACCGGAGAGGAGCACCCAGUGACCCAUCUCCAGUACGUGGCAUGGCCAGACCACGGCGUUCCCGAUGACUCCUCGGACUUCCUGGAAUUUGUAAACUACGUGAGGUCCCUGAGAGUGGAAGGUGAACCCGUCCUAGUUCACUGCAGUGCUGGGAUAGGUCGAACCGGUGUGUUGGUCACCAUGGAAACAUCCAUGUGCCUAAUCGAGAGGAACCUGCCCGUUUACCCACUGGAUAUUGUUCGGAAAAUGCGAGACCAGCGCGCCAUGAUGGUGCAGACAUCAAGCCAGUAUAAGUUUGUGUGUGAAGCGAUUCUUCGUGUUUAUGAAGAAGGCUUAGUCCAAAUGCUGGAUCCCAGUUAAGACGACUGUGAAGACGUUCAUUCCUCUUUCCCAAGGGCGUCCUCCUUCUCUCUGGAAGCAGCAAGAGGAAUUUGUAGGCUGUGGGAAAGGAAUGAGCAUAUUUGAACCCAGGCACUUUAAAUUUCUAUUAAAAGAAAAAGGUAUCGUGUACAUAGGAACUGUGUAGAUAACGCAUGCGGUUAUAGCAUCAUUUAGGCCCGCACCUCCUCCGGAGAGAAGUAAGCAGAAGGGGAUCUCAGUUUGGGGCCUGUCCUAAUGCCUCCCUCCUUCUCCGUCUCCAUAUUCCUGUAAACCAUCCUUGGGCAAUUGAGAGGGGACGCCAGCAGCCCUGUUGACCUCCCAGAAACGAGAUGGUGUGGCUGUUGAGAGUUGCUUGGAUGAGUUGUGUGUAUACGUGUAUAGGACUAAGGGCUGAGCUUUCCGUGUGUCUGGGCGGAGCUGGAACAGUCAGUGUUCACCUGCCCUGAUGCUAAUGAGAAACCCCAUGAAUGUACUGAACGGCAGCGGGUGGGGUGUCAGGCCGAGGGGCAAGCGGUGCCUUUUCUGCCCUCCCUUCCUUGGUCCCAUCUCCCUGCCACUUCCAAUAUUGACGUUUCUGAGAAUCGUGUCCAAAUGCCCUGCCUUCUCCCUGCAUUAGUGACCCUCCUCAGGUUCACACCAGUGCCUGAACUGGGCAGUGCAGGUUUCGGGUGAGUUUUCAGUUGAGACCCUGAGAACAAGGACUCCCAGUGUUGUCCCACGUGUUCGUUUUUGGAGCAGGUGCCUCUUGCCUCUGCCUUCCUCUUGCUGUACACUCAGCACCCAGGACUGGAAUCAUCCACUACUGAAUCUAAGACAUGGAUUGCUGCUACUUCAAGCUAUUACACUUGAAACAUUACAAUUUUCCUGAGGGGAGAUGGGAUAUCACCUAAAUAUUCAGAAUCUUUGGCCCUUCUGAGAAAAGAUCGAGUUGUUGAGCCAUGGGAAACCCAGCUUCUAGAGGGUUGCCUGUGGAGGUGUGUGUGUGUCUGUGUGUUGUGUGUGCUCCCACGGGUGAGUGUUUCUCGGGAUUCCUAACUUGAUUCAAAUUACAGUUGAGUUUAUAUAAAGAAUGAGUCUCUGUAUAGAAGAACAAAUGUGUGCAUUCACUCUUAGUUACAAUGGUCUUCGUUUCAUUUCAAAGGAGAGGAUCAGACUAUCUGAAUAUAAACACAAUUUGAUGUUAAUUUAUUCUAAGUACACCAUGAUUUUGAUCGUCCUAAAGAAUUCUGCCUUUGUUAAUACUAUGUUAAUUUUUUUUUAAUUUGUGACAGGAUUGUAGCAAAUUAUUAUUUAAGGAAAAUAAAUUACGUAAACAUUCUGAAGUGGUAUUUUGAAAUAGUGGUUUUAUGUAUCCAGAA